UUUAUGACAGUAUAUUCAGCAAUAUGGAAAGAUGGCCCAUUACAUUAUAGUUUUAGAAAUAAUGACUAUUAUAUAAGAAAUUCAAAUGAAGAAGUCGCCUUAAAAUGUUUACAUAACUCACAUAAUCCGAUUGAAUCUCUAAUAAAUGAGGUAUAGCAUUUUAUAUAUAACUUAAUAAUCCAGAUACAAAUGAUUAUAUUUUAGUUCAAAAUAAUACAAUAAACCUUAUAGAUUGGACAAGUGGAAAUGAAAAAAUUGAUGAUUUCAUUAAAGAAAUGCAAUUUAAAACCAAUAAUCCUGACAUAGUAAUUAAAUGGAUAUCAUAUAGUCAGUUUGAUGAAAUUAAGGAAAUAGGUAAAGGUGGUUUUGCUACAAUAUAUUCUGCAAUAUUGAAUGAUUUCAAAGUUGCUUUAAAAUGCUUGGACAACUCACAAAAUCUCAUUGAUGAAUUACUAAAUGAGGUUAAGGCAUAUAAAGUAGUACUUAACAAUAGUAGAUUAAGUAGAAUUCUGAAAGUAUACGGAAUAUCUCAGGAUCCAGAUACAAGAAAUUAUAUUAUUGUUCUUUAUUAUGCAGAGGGUGGAAAUUUUAAUAAUUGGAUAAAUAUAAAUGAAAAUUAUAAAUGCUUUAAUUGGCAAAAUAAAAUACGAAUAUUAUAUAGUAUUUCAAAUGGUCUUAAAGAAAUUCAUGAAAAACAGAUGGUUCAUCGCGAUUUUCAUACAGGAAAUAUAUUAUUUAAUACUCCUUUUAGAGAAGAAUAUGCUAAUAGGAUUUAUAUUUCAGACAUGGGAUUAUGUGGAAAUGUUAAUGAUAUCAAUCGAAAUAAUAAAAAUAAUAUUUAUGGAGUUAUGCCUUAUAUUGCUCCUGAAGUAUUAAGAGGAAAACCUUAUACUCAAGCAGCAGAUAUCUAUAGUUUGGGUAUGAUAAUGCAUUUUGUAGCAACUGGAAGUCAACCUUUUGGCAAUCGUGCACAUGAUCAUAAUUUAGUAUUAGAUAUUUAUAAUGAAAUUAGGCCUGAAAUAAACGAGCCAGAAGCACCAAAAAGUUACAUUGACUUAAUGAAAAAGUGCUGGGAUUCAAAUCCAGAAAAUAGACCCAAUAUAACUGAAUUUAUAGAGUCACUUCGCUAUAUUAGUGUAUCUGAAAUUGAAGAAGCAGAAAAUUAUAGAAAUUUACAUCUCUCUACUUUAAAAGGAGAUAGAAAGAUAACUACUCAUUCUCAAGCUGUUUAUACAUCUCGAUUACUUAAUCCUUUUACGGAAUGUUUAGAUUGUGCAAUUACUGAUUAAUCAAAUUAGAUAAAAAAGAAAGAGA